AGCAGUCUGUUUGCUCAAUGUACACCUCCAUAUGCGAUAUGGGCUUCCUCAUCUUGCUUGUGGGCUCACGGCGACAAGUCUCUACACUCUGCUAUCCUUUUUAAACUUCUGUCUCCUCUCGCGGCACUCUCUCCUCAAAACGCACCACCUCGUACCCUGCACACUAUCUACAGGUGGCUACGAAUGCUCAAUCGUUUCGAAGUCAAAACCUUAUGCCCGAAAUGCUGGACGUUCGAGGGCUUCAAUGCCUAUCUCACCGAUCCCAAAUUUCUGGAUGAAAUGGGCGCUCUAAACACCGACAACCAGGAGGACUCCGACCAAGACUGGCAACGGUACUGCCCCAGGUGCCAUGUUCCUCUCUACAAACUGGCACCUAAGUCAGCAAUUCCUCGAGCUCUGGUCCAGGCACCAUAUGACUUACUCAGUCUACAGCUUGCAGAAUUCCUUGGGUAACCUGGGUUUGAAGAAGUGUGUGAGAGCUACCUGAACGAUGGGUGUUCUCCUGGCACAUACGCGGGGCUUUAAGAUGGAACAGUCUGGCAGAGCAUGCGAUGCCCGGACGGGAGUCGCUUCUUCCCACGAAGCAGGCAAGAAGCAGUCCAACAGGGCGAGCUUCGGCUGGGCAUGCUAUGUUCAUGCGACUGGUUCAACCCUAGCCAAUCAAGCAUCGCCGAAACGCACUCAAGCGGUCCUUUGUCUGUGUGCAUUGCUAACCUCCCCCCAGAAUUGCGGUUUCGCGUUCAUAACCUCAUCCUUAUCGGCAUCCUGCCCGGACCCAAAGAACCGACUGCUGAGCAAUUGCAGAGGUUCCUCAGACCUUUCGUUUGCUACAACUUUGGCAAGAUGGAAUCAGAAUCAAGACACCUUUACAUCCUGAAGGUCGCCUUGUACGAGUCGCCCUCCUCGGGGUUAUCUGCAACCAUCCCGCCCUCUGCAAGAUGGUUGGGUUUGCCGACCACGGGCACAGCGCGAGGCCCUACGGAUGGUAUUCCGCUCCGCGACGGUCAGCUCCACAAGUGCCGAGCAGCGCGCAUGUAUCCCUUCGACCAGGCAAAGGUGUACAACAACCUCAAGGCAAAGUAUUUCACUCGCUACGGUGUGCGCUGGUCUGAGUUCAACCACCUCCCUUAUUUCGACCCAGUCACGAUGAGCAUCAUCGAUCCCAUGCAUACCUUCCUGCAAGGUCUCACCAAGACACUUUGGUACCACGUAUGGAUCAAAGGCGGGAAGAACGAGACGAAGAUUCUCCGAGAAGUCACCAAGGGCGGUACAAGGCGAGAAAUAGAUGAGAUUCAUGACGUGCUAGUGACUUUCGAGAUGCCAGUUUGGUUCGCUCGGCUUCCGAAACAAGUUGGGUACCCUGGCGGAGGAAGCCUGACUUCCGAUGAAUGGAAGUGCCUGCUUAUCUUGUACGGCCCUGCAGCAAUUCCUCCUAUUCUGUGUAAAGUGGGACACCCCGAAAUGGCUGCGAACUACCUCACUCUCGCGGCUGCCCUCAAGAUUUUCAUGAGGCGGGAAAUCACGGAGAGCGAGUUGUUGAGGGCGAAGGAGCUAUAUGCGCAGUUCUUUCAAGGAUUCGUUCAGAUCUAUGGAGCAGAGAAUGCGACACCUACCAUGCACUGGGUAACACAUAUGCCGGAACAAAUCCGGCGGUAUGGGCCCAUUCACGGGUUCUGGACUUUUCUGUUCGAAAGACUGAACAAAGUCCUCAAGAAUGUGCCAACCAAUGGGCAUAAGGGUGGGACGAUCGAGAUCUCUUUUGCACGUGCAUUCAAGCGAGAGAUGAGUCUCGCACGAAUGAACACCGUACUGGCGGCUCAGCACCAAGAUCCUCUCGCACGGUUCUAUGCAACGGAGCUGCAUGCGCAAACAGGCGAGCUAGCACGCACAGGCACGUUAACCGCUAUGGCUGUCGAAGCUGAAGACCUCGCGCAGAGGCGUUCCAUGCACAAGAGCUGCAUCCCCAUUGGGACUGGCAAGGAACCAGACCUGAUGCUAUCGCCCGCCCAGCAAGAGCAAGAGCUGGAUUGGUACUGCCGCGUGUAUCCCAGCCUUGCUAUCCACCAUCCCGGCGAUCCCAAAGCACCGUGGCGAGCAAACUUCCUCAAUCAUCGUGGGAAGUUCUUUCAAGAGCUUCGCUUGAAUGGAAAGCGCAUAGUCGUCGCACCAGAGUGCAAGUACAGCAAGAGUGACUCGCUUGUACUUCUUCAAUAUCAGCCGGGAACGCAAUGGGUCGGCGAGCUGCGCGGCGUCUUCCAGCAUCUCCAGGAGGGAGUCAACCCACCGGAGACGUUCGCUCGGGUGGAUUGGCUUGUCCCCUUGCAAGAUACGCUCGAGCACGCCGACCUCUAUUGCGACUUCUACCCAACUCAUAGAUGGGCAGCUGUACUGGCUAUUGGCCGGAGAGAACUCGAAGUGGACUUUUGGCAGCACGGCCGCUUUCAAGGCCAGGGGGACUUUGGUCCGGACAUGCUCACAUUGGUCAAGGAUAUCUGGGGAGUAGCUGCAAGAUGCAUGAUGAGGGUCGGAGGUCGACGUAUCUGGAUCACGAUGGGAUUAAGCAAGAACGGACGGACUUUGUAG